GUACCGUUUAUUGUGUGUAAUUGACUGUAUCUACAGGCCUACUUGGGAUAUCACUUUUCAACAGGAACAGUAAAAAACUUUCCUAAUGACAUGGAAUGGGGAAUAAUCCACCCAUACAGACAAUUUCACUUAUCCCUUCCCUGCAGAGACCAAUGGACACUGAAGGGGAACCUUGCUAUGCGCCGUCUACUGCAUUCUCAUCACAGAUACCUGGACAGGAUUGCAAUCACCACGAGCACACACAGGCGGGCUCUUAUAUUUACAUUUUGCCUAUGCCAUAUCGUGUAGAAUAGUCUACAGAGUAUUUGUCUUUGUCCUAUAUAGCCCAGUAGUGCACUUGUUUUUUCAUUUACUGAGGCUAAUUUAUGCAGCUGCCAUGACCAUUUUAUCCUGACGGGGACUGACUAAUGUCUUUACCAUUUCCCACUACUCUAUCGCAAGAGCCUUUCGGAAGCAACUGCAUCAACGCGCAAAGGAAGGAGCCCGUUGUUUUCUACCGCGGACAUAUGAACUCAAGACAUUACACUUUGGAUAUAGGCUGCCCGUAGCCAUGCAACGGCACCUCACAUCAAAGAUUCUGUGGGGGAGAAGAUGCUGCUUUGAAACUGGAUCAUUGUUAACAAUGAUGUAGAGGUUCCUUCCGGCUAAAUCGGGUUGGAUGAUGUAGCUCGCGAUAGGUUUGCUGGCGAGUUUACGUUGCACUGUGAUUUGAACCUCAGUUUUCCUAAGGUGAUCCAUGUCCCUGUGUUAUUGCCUUUGUCAACAUGUCCCCAGCAUCGGCUGCCACGGCUAGUGAGAGCAGCACCACUACCGUUCCAGAGGAGGACACAGAGGAGAGCCCCCGCGACGAGCAGCGGCCCCUGAAGCAGUCGCUCAGUAAAUCCCUGUGCAGGGAGAGCCACUGGAAAUGCCUGAUCCUGUCCCUGCUCAUGUACGGCUGCGUGGGGGCCAUGACCUGGUGCCACGUGACCAAGGUGACGCGCCUGUCCUUCGACAGUGCCUACAAGGUCAAGUCCAUGAUGUACCACGAAAGCCCCUGCUCCAACGGUUACAUCUACAUCCCUGUGGCCUUCAUGGUCAUGCUCUACGUGGUCUACCUGGUGGAGUGCUGGCACUGCCACACCCACAACCAGCUACAGCACAAGGUGAACGUGGAGAGUGUGGGAGAGCGUGUUGGGCGCAUGCAGCAGGCCACGCCCUGCAUCUGGUGGAAGGCCAUCAGCUACCACUAUGUGCGGCGGACGCGACAGGUAACACGCUACCGUAACGGAGACGCAUACACCACCACGCAGGUGUACCACGAGCGCGUCAACACGCAUGUGGCCGAGGCGGAGUUCGACUACAGCAACUGCGGUGUGAAGGACAUAUCCAAGCAGCUGCAGGGCCUAGACUGCUUCCCUGUCACCAAGCUGAGGUUCACCAAGUGCUUUAGCUUCGCCAACGUGGAGUCGGAGAACGCCUACCUGACUCAGCGGGCCCGCUUCUUCACUGAGAAUGAGGGCCUGGACGACUACAUGGAGGCCCGCGAGGGAAUGCACCUGAAGAAUGUAGACUUUAAGGAGUACAUGAUUGCCUUCUCGGAUCCGGACCACCUGCCCUGGUACGUGUCCAACUACGUGUUCUGGACGGCCGCCGCCUUCACCUUCUCCUGGCCGCUGCGCGUGCUAACCGAGUACCGCACGGCCUACGUCCACUACCACGUGGAGAAGCUGUUCGGCUUCGACUAUGUCCCUGUCACGCCAUCUGAGGAGCGACCAUACUGCCACCACAUCCCUCGGGUCAACACCAUCGACAGCACCGAGUUGGAGUGGCACAUCCGCUCCAACCAGCAGCUGGUGCCCAGCUAUUCAGAGGCUGUACUCAUGGACCUGGCUCAGCUCUCGUCAGGUGGCGGUGGCAAUGCCAACACCUACUCAGUGUGCGGCGGCUACGGCAGCUACCGGCAGAACUGCGAGCGCUGCCACCGCACCAUCAGCAGCUCGUCCAUCUUCUCACGCAGCGCCCUGAGCAUCUGCACUGGGACUAGCCCACGCAUCCCCUUCAGCGGCAGCCGCUUCUCGCUGUCGCGGCUGUACGGAUCGCGGCGCAGCUGCCUGUGGCGGAGCAGCGGCAGCCUCAAUGAGACAUCGUGCCCCACAGAGAGUACGCGCUGCCUGACGCCGUCGGGCCAGCUGACUAGCGAGGAGAAUCCGCCGGACUACCAGGACGCGCUCUACUUCCCUGUGCUCAUCGUGCACCGCAAUGAGGGCUGCCUGAACCACUCGCUGCACAGGAACGGAUCCUGCGUGGAGACCUCUAUAUGACCCAGCGCUGGGCCUCCCAGUCCAGACCUGAACAAGGAAUGUAAUGUUACUGUCCUUUCUCUGGGAGGACACUGACUGGAUAAUGAACCUUCCUUUUGGAUCUUUGUUUUUCUUCAAUAGACCACAGAACACAUGACACACCAGUGGCAUUCCGGAACCCUUCCAGACCUCUUCCAGCACUGUUUAUCAAAGACAGUACUGAGUUAAAUGCACAUUUUGAAUGCUCACUCCAACUUUUCAUUAACUUCCUUUGCAGCCCAGCUCAUCUCACAUGAGAUGCCCUCCAGUGAUAUGUUCAUCAUAGUAAGUAAUAGACUAUGUAACUAUCUCAAAGCAUGUAUGAAAAAAACACAUUCAUAGGCAAAAUCAGACAGUCUGCGACAAAUGGACAUAAUGAUCUGAGAAUGAUAUUUGGAAGGACAUAUGUUGCGCGGAAUGCACACCACCACCACCAUUCUGGACCAAUCACAAUGCUCUGUUCAUAUCAGUUUGAGUUUCCUUAACCAAAGUGUCAUGUUAGCUUCCACACUAUCUAUAAAUAGAGAACAUGAAAAAGCUAGGUACACUAACAGACAUUUGGCCCGAGAAUAAACUCCACCUUAAAUCGUAGUGCAUUUUGCUGUUGUCAUAACCAGGUAGCAAAGAACUUCAAUUGGAACAUCUGUUUUCGAAGUUGGAUAAAAUGUGUUAUUUUGUAAGAGUCUUAGAAGGGAUGUCUUGUGACUGAAAAUCCCCAACACAGCUCAAGACAGCUCAACGGUAGAGGCCUCCAACACAGCUCGACUAGAGACCUUCAUUGGAGAUGACUCAUAAGUGGGGCAUGAGUUUAAGGAACAUAAACAUGAUUUAUUCAAGCCUUAGAGAGCAAUUUGGAGAUGGGAAGGAAAACCAUGACGCCACAUUAAAUAAUUGAGAGCAAGAAAAGUUUAAAACAUCUAACAUAUUUUUCUAGUAAAUGCAUUACUGGAUAUUUUAAAUUAUGUUGCAGAUAUCAAAGUAAAUUCAUACAGUCUAUAAUUAGUUCCCAUCUAGCUCAUGGUUCGCAAUGAAAAGCCUUAGACGCAGAUCUACAUUUUUUAUUAAAACAUUACAAUUUGGGGCUAUAUGAUGGUGUAGUUGUUUGUUUUGAGGCCAACAAGAGAUCUUUUUACGGAAUUAAUGUUCUUUCAUGAUGAUGAUGAUGAUGUGAGAUACAGCAGUUACAACAUCCAGUUAAUUAGCAACGGGAAUCAAAUAUCACAGGAUGCAAUAACAUUCCCACUUCCUGACCCUCUAAAUAUAGUAACAUAGUCAGAUACAUGAAUAAUUUAGAUCAGGAGGACUAAAUGGUACAAAUACUUCAAACUGAAUCCAUGAGAGAAGUCUUUUAUCGCAUUAUUUUCCUUACUGUCAAUAUUACUGUGUCACUCUUCACUACAUGUUAAUGCAUUUCUGAUUGACUAAUACAUAUAACAUCAAUGUGAUUAUAUCAUGUCAGCUCAGCUGUCAAUAAUAACCUCAGCAUUGCAUAUCUCCUAUUUCCAAUUAAUAUUUGAACACAAAAUUAUUAUUAAUUACUAUAUGAACAAUAAUUUCCUUCAAACUACCUCUUCUUUGUUUUCGUGAUUUAAGUGCCUGACUGUGGGUGCUUUAAAGUUUGGCUUAAAAUCACACCUAAACCACAUAGCACACCUACCCAUUCAUCCAAAACUACACCUAAACCACAUAGCUCACCUACCCAUUCAUCCAACCAACCAACCAACCAACCAACCAACCAACCAACCAACCAGAAAUACAAAUGCAGCAACAGAGCAACUCAACUUUCACUGCAUCUCUUCUAGGUAGCAAUAUACUGAUGAGACAGGACAUUUAAUUGAGGCUGGCACCAAUGAUCAGGCCUUGAAAACUUCAAGAUGUGCUUUGUCUAUUGUCAGAAAAAGUAGGUUUAAAAGCAGGACCACGUGCUGACUCUGAUGAUGCCUAUCAGAAACAGCCAGACAGCCAUCGCAGAGACCCAAAAUAGACUGAGGGCUGUGUUCAAACACUGAUAAUGUCAGCUUUAAUAAUAAACCAGGAGGAUUUUUGAAGAUCUGAGAAUAAACAUGAUAACAACUGAUCAAAUGUUCUAUGUACUAAUGGCUUAUUUCCACUAGCAAAGUUUCAAAGCAAGGCAAGGUAAAUAAUAUUUUAAAAUAAGUUCAAUAAAUGUGUAGAAUUCACACCUAGGACCAAUCACUUAUAAAGUACACAGAAAGGUUGCCCAGCUCAUGAAGUGAAAAAUCCAACCCACUUCCCCCAGUCCACUGAAAUAUACACACACAUUUUGUAAAUAACUCUUUAAAUGGUUUUGAAGGUAGCGGUCAAAGGGCUUUGUUGCUGUGAUCAAACUAAAGCUAACCCUAGGAGCUGGAGUCAAUAUGGCCCGGGAUAAGAGCUAAGCUGACAGCUAGCCAGUCACUUCUGGCCCAGAGGCCUCUGCUAUUUAAUAGAAAACAACUCUGAUGAAUUCAGGGUGACGGCAGAGCUCAGUAAUCUAUGCCCAGGACUCACACUUACAAUUCACACAUUGUUAUUAGAUCUAUAUACACAAAGGAUAGAUAGGCCUUUCUCCAUUUUAUGUAUCCUGCUGACCUCAGAUUCUCACAGCAGAAAUGACUAGAAUUAUUGACUGAUGUGGAUAUGUGAUUGAAUUGACUGUAAACAUUUGAUUGACCACUUAAUAAUCUAAUGCUGUCAAAGAUAAACUCAUUCUGCUCAUUUUGAAAAAAACAUACACCUAUUUUGUGAAAUCCGGUGAUCAUCCCAUGAACAAAAAUUGCAUUAACAAUAUACUGGUAGAUCUCUUGCAGAAAGUGUAAUAGCAUUUCUUUCUCUUGAUGCGUUUCUUCCUUGCACCCUACUACCUUUAUAACGUCACUUGCCACUGGCCAUUUUCGGGAACUAGAUGCGACGCAAUUAAAGGAAGUUGGUCCACCUCAAUCCCAUUUUCUCGACAACAAACCAAAAACACUUCAUCUAUACAAUAAAGCAGCCAACAAAAAAUACACACCAGUCAUAACCAUAAGACACAGAGUCCUGUCUGGUUAGUUGUGGCUCACCUCAUCUAAAGCGCAUCUAUGCAACCCCGAUAACCAACUCAGGAGUGUAGUCAGGAUAUCCACCUUACAUUUGUCAUAAAUUCUACCCCUUAACCUUUUCUUAUUAUCCGUGUCAGCUGACUUGACAGUGCCGUUUGAUUUGUUUUCCAGAUAGGAGGCUAUGAGGAUGCACUUAAGUGCCCAUAUUCACAGUCUCAGAGUAGGAGUGCUGAUAUAGAAUAAUUUUUGCCUUUAGAUCAUAAUGAAAAAGGGGAGACCUGAUCCUAGAUCAACACUUCUUGGUGUAGGUCUGCUCUGCAGUUUCUUAAAGUGUCAGAGGCUUUGACCAUGUGUAUCAGCUGAAAUGAAUGGUGUCCUUUAUGGUGUUUUAAUCACAGCAUGUGAUGCAGCUCUGUAACCAUACUGAUGCUCCUAUAGCAGAUGAUGGAAGGAAGGUUAUUCUAGCCUAGCUGGAGGUCACACACGUCAUGGGAAGCACAGUUCACUCAGUCACAGAAUGCCCUCUUUUUCAUUAGAAGACUUUCAGAGUUUUGAUGAGCUCUCUUUGUUUAGAUCACUUCUAUUAUGUCUGAGAUGGGUUGAAGUUUGGAAACAACAGAUAGUGAAGAGUUUUAGAUUUCAACAAUGGUCAAAAAAAGAUAGUGAUACCGGCAUUAUAUUACCAACAUUUACAUUACAGACUCAAUAGUCCAUUGCUCACUGACCAGCCUCUCACUAAUAAAAAAAAAGUUCAGUUAAUGUAGAUAAAACAGUUAUAUCAGAUGGCUUCACUGUGAUAUGUAAUUGUGUACAAAUAAAAGUGUUUAACAGUGCUAUGUUUACUAACCAUAAAACAAUAAAUAGUAUACAAGUACAGAAAA